CAGAAAGAGGAUACAAAACACAGAGAAUGAAUACCAUGGACUACAAUGAAAUUCUAGAUUUCGGGGAGAACCCUGUCACAGAUGUGAACACCAAGCUUGAGAUAUUAAAAUUCAGCUACAACUGGUCAGACGCAGUUGAAGAGGAGGAAAGACGUAUAGAGGAGGAACAAAAGCAGCAAAAAGAAACGGAGAAAAAGCUGGAAAAGGAAAUUGCAGGGGAGGAGAAGAAAGAUUGCAACACAAAUCACAAAAGAAUAACUACCAUGGACUACAAUGAAGUUCUAGACUUUGGAGAGAACCCUGUCACAGAUGUGGAUACAAAACUUAAGAUCUUAAAAUUCAGCUACAACUGGUCAGAUGCAGUUGAAGAGGAGGAAAGACGUAUGGAGGAAGGACAAAAGCAGCAGAAUGGGAUGAAGAACUUAGAAAAAGAAAUUGGAGGGGAGGAGAAGAGAAAUAGCUACAAAAAUCACAACAGAAAACAACCAGAAAAAAUAAACAGAAAACAACACAAGGCAAGGAAGCAUGCAAAGGUCCAUAUCAUAAAACAACAGAAACUGAGACUGGAGAUUGCUGAGUCCACCAAACAAAUGAUUGAAAGAGAGAACAGAAAAGCAUCUGGAGAUAAAUUAACCCCAAUUGCAGAAACCUCCAAACAAGUAACUGUGUGUGAAACCAACAUCCUUGGGGAGAAGAAAACUGAAGAUAUGUCAGCAGAAAAUUUUACUAUAUGUGAUGAGGAUGUGUCUAGAAAAAAGUCACCAGCAUGUAAUGAAGAAAUGUCAGAAAAGAAACCAACUAAUUGUUGUGAAAUGACUGGACAGAAUUCAACUCCAUGUGAUAAAGAAUUUUUUGAAGAAAAAACAACUUUAUAUGACAAAGUUUUGUCAGAGAAGAUAUCACCAGCAAAUAAUGAAGAAAUGUCAGGAGAAAAGAAAAUUGCUCGUAAAAAGAUGUCAGAAGAGAAAAUAACACCACAUGAAGAGAUGUCAGAAGAGAAGAAAACUGCUCAAGUAGAGAUGCCAGAAGAGAAGGAAACUACUCAUGUAGAGAUGUCAGAAGAGAAGGAUACUGCUCAUGUAGAGAUGUCAGAAGAGAAGAAAACUGCUCAUGUAGAGAUGUCAGAAGAGAAGGAAACUGCUCAUGUAGAGAUGUCAGAAGAGAAGAAAACUGCUCAUGUAGAGAUGUCAGAAGAGAAGGAAAUUGCUCAUGUAGAGAUGUCAGAAGAGAAGAAAACUGCUCAUGUAGAGAUGUCAGAAGAGAAGGAAACUGCUCAUGUAGAAAUGUCAGAAGAGAAGGCUCAUGAAGAGAUGUCAGAAGAGAAGAAUGCUCAUGUAGAGAUGUCAGAAGAGAAGAAAACUGCUCAGGAAGAGAUGUCAGAAGACAAGAAAACUGCUCAUGAUGAGAUGUCAGAAGAGAAGAAAACUGCUCAUGAUGAGAUGUCAGAAGAGAAGGAAACUGCUCAUGUAGAGAUGUCAGAAGAGAAGAAAACUGCUCAUGAAGAGAUGUCAGAAGAGAAGAAAACUGCUCAUGUAGAGAUGUCAGAAGAGAAGGAAACUGCUCAGGAAGAGAUGUCAGAAGACAAGAAAACUGCUCAUGAAGAGAUGUCAGAAGAGAAGAAAACUGCUCAUGAAGAGAUGUCAGAAGAGAAGAAAACUGCUCAUGAAGAGAUGACAGUGGAGAACAAAUCUGCUUAUGAUCAGAUGUUAGAAGAGAACAAAUCUGCUCAUGUAGAGAUGUCAGAAGAGAAGGAAACUGCUCAUGUAGAGAUGUCAGAAGAGAAGAAAACUGCUCAUGAAGAGAUGUCAGAAGAGAAGAAAACUGCUCAUGAAGAGAUGUCAGAAGAGAAGAAAUCUGCUCAUGAUGAGAUGUUAGAAGAGAAGGAAACUGCUCAUGUAGAGAUGACAGAAGAGAAGAAAACUGCUCAUGAAGAGAUGUCAGAAGAGAAGAAAACUGCUCAUGAAGAGAUGUCAGAAGAGAAGAAAACUGCUCAUGUAGAGAUGUCAGAAGAGAAGGAUACUGCUCAUGUAGAGAUGUCAGAAGAGAAGGAAACUGCUCAUAAAGAGAUGUCAGAAGACAAGAAAACUGCUCAUAAAGAGAUGUCAGAAGACAACAAAACUGCUCAUGAAGAGAUGUCAGAAGAGAAGAAAUCUGCUCAUGAUGAGAUAUUAGAAGAGAAGAAAACUGCUCAUGUAGAGAUGACAGAAGAGAAGAAAACUGCUCAUGAAGAGAUGUCAGAAGAGAAGAAAACUGCUCAUGAUGAGAUGUCAAAAGAGAAGGAAACUGCUCAUGAAAAGAUGUCAGAAGAGAAAACAACCGCGUGUGAAGAAAAUUCAGGAGGCAAAACAAUGCCACAUGAGGAGAUAUUAGAGACAAAGUCACCAGUGUCUGUUAAUGAGUCAUUGGAAAAGACACCAGUAAGUGAUGAAUAUUUGUCAAAAUUCAAGUCAACGGCACGUGAUAAAAUGUCAGGGGUGAUGAAGUCAACUCCUUGUGAUGAUCAAUUUUUCAAAGAAAGUGCUAAUAUAUAUGAUGAACAAUUGUCAGAGAUGUCACUACCGAGUAAAGAGGAGAGAGAGAAAGAAACUGCAUAUAUUGAAGAAUUAUUUGCACAGAAGGCAGCUGCACAUGAUGAAAAAUUGUUAGAAUUGUCACCUGCAUAUGAUGAAGAUUUUUCAGCAAAACCAUCAACAGAUUGUGAUGAAGAUUUGUCAGCAUUGAUAUCACCAGCAUGUAAUGUAAAUUUGUCAGGAGAAAGACUCUAUGUGUGUGAUGAAGCAGUUCUUGUACCAGUCAACCAAAAGCAAGAAGUCUCUAAAGAUCAGGAGAAAACGUUAAAGCCUUUGAUUGAGGAUGAUGAUGAUGAUGAUGAUGAUGAUGAUGGUUGGUUUGGUCCAAGGACACUUUUCUUUUUCCAUAUAGAUUAUUUCAAGGCUGUUGGAAAAGAUGUCUGCUGAAAAAAAGAACGAAAAUUGUUGAAUAAGAUAUUUUCUAAAUUGUCCUUAAAGAGAAAAUAAAU